GAGCCCGCAGCGGUGUCUUCGAACCGAGGCCUGUAUACACUUCGGGAGGGAAACUGGCGCCCGUCCUACGACGUAACUGCCUCGCGACGCUUGAAACAUUCGAACGACGACGUCGACUCGAGGGGCUACUUUAACGGAGUGACUACGACGAAGAGACGGUGCAUCGAGUAGGCUUAGCGUGCUUCCAGCGUCUCUGAACGACUGUCGUGCGACAACCGCUUGGCCGGAAAGGUCCCGAGGCCAUCAUGCCGUUCCACAGGAGCCUGUUCGGCCGCCACCGGGACAAGGACUGGUGGGACGCGUGGGACUACCCGUCGCGCAUCUUCGACCAGAAGUUCGGCGUGGCACUCAGGGACGAGGACCUGUUCGACCGAGACCCGUUCGCCAGGAGGCCGUUGUCCACGCUAUCGCUGUCGUCGCCGCGAAGAGGGCAGGUGUCUGGCGGCGUGUGCGAGGUGGUGCCACGGUCAACGGGCAUCUCGGAGGUGCUCAACGACGAUUCCAAGUUCGAGGUUCGCCUCGACGUCAGCUUCUUCAACCCCAGCGACAUCACCGUCAAGGUGGUGGGCACGGACUGCGUGCUGGUGCACGGCAAGCACGAGGAGCGCCAGGACGAGCACGGCUUCGUGUCCCGCGAGUUCACGCGCCGGUACAUGCUGCCGCCGGACGCGGACCCCGACCAGGUCAGCUCCGAGUUCCUGGCCGACGAAGAGGGGGUACUGGUCAUCCGUGCAGCGAAGAAGACGCCCGAGCCGGCCACGCUCAAGGAGCGGGUCGUGCCCAUCGCUGUGCUUUCGCCCAACAAGGCCAAGGCCUGAGCAAAUACACGGUGUUGCUAUUUU